CGUCAUCAAUUCGGAUGUCGUGCAGUACUUGCAUGCGGCGGCAGUGGAUAACUUGUAAAUAGAGCUGCUGGCUAACAUGUUUUUCUAAGAUUUCCAUAGAAUUGUCUCCAUGCGCACAUUUUGGUGAUAUUUAUUAAACAAUCGAAUGAUAUCAUGGCAGGGAGUCGACUUGAAAAAUUCGGCACUGUGUUCACACGAGUGAGAGAUUUAAUGCGUGCGGGUGUGAUCAAAGAGAAAGACAAACCGAUUUGGUACGAUGUGUACGCUGCAUUCCCACCAAAGAGAAACCCGCUUUACGUGAAACCAUUGACCAGGACGGUUCGAAAUACUGAGGAUAAAGUGCCAGAAAUAUUCUACAGAGAAGAUGUAAUCCGAGCGAAAUUUUAUGACACAUAUGGGAAUGGUCCAAGAACGAUCGAUCUGUCCAAGUCCAACUUUGUGUCAACAUGUCAAAGGUUUGUGGAGAAGUACAAUGAAUUGCAAAGCUCUGGAAACUUUGAAGAAGACGGCCUCUUUGAGGAGACCAGUAAGGCACUUCUGGCAGAAGGCAUUAUACUCAGGAGAAAGGGUGGUCCCACAGUGGCAGCAGAACACAGAGACCCUAUACUGGCCAUGAAAUUGACCAAAAUGUUGGCAGAAGAGCAGCAAACCAACACAGCAGCAGAUGAAACGACAUCAACACUGAGGGACCAGACACAGACAGAAACACCGACCACAGAUCCCAAAUCCUCCUAAAUACACACCUGCAUUUGGAACUCACCCCUUUGUAGCACAAGACCACACGGAGUGUGAGGAUUAUCAACAUACUGACCAUUCAUUCGGCUUGGUCUCUAGUUUAAGACAUGACCUUGACUACAUUUUUGAAGUUACACAUGAAUGGAAAGGACUAUUGAUAGUCUGUCAGAUUUAUGGGAUAGAUUCUGUCCAGAAGUCUGUAUGUUGUGUGUGUGUGUGUGUGUGUAUAUUUCAGCUGCAUGUUUGUAACAAUUUUGCCACAUAUUAUAUGGAUAAAAUGGGGUAGACGCACUAAUAAAAAUGUAUUUACAAGGUCA